AUGAGCGGAAGAGGCAAAACCGGAGGAAAGGCCAGAGCCAAGGCCAAGACCCGCUCCUCCCGUGCGGGGCUCCAGUUCCCCGUGGGCCGCGUGCACAGGCUGCUGCGUAAAGGAAACUACGCGCAGCGCGUGGGCGCCGGCGCCCCCGUGUACCUGGCGGCCGUCCUGGAGUACCUGACCGCCGAGAUCCUGGAGCUGGCCGGCAACGCGGCCCGCGACAACAAGAAGACCAGGAUCAUCCCGCGCCACCUGCAGCUGGCCGUGCGCAACGACGAGGAGCUCAACAAGCUGCUGGGGGGGGUCACCAUCGCCCAGGGCGGCGUGCUGCCCAACAUCCAGGCCGUGCUGCUGCCCAAGAAGACCGAGAAGCCCGCCAAGUCCAAAGCAGAACUGAACAAUGUUUUGAAGAGAUCUGCUCAAUCUAAGCCGGACAACGCAGCGUUUGGCCCCCAAACGUCUCACGUUUGCGCCAUUCGUGGUUCCAGCCGUGGGUCGGUGGGCGGCGCUCUGCUGAAAAGUGUAAUUCUAAGGAGCCCGCCUCUGUCUUCAACCACGUCGUCAGAUGGCAGAAACCCACAGCCCUCCCCGGCCAAAGUCUAA